AUGGCGACGCUGGCCCUCCCAGACGAGGAGAACCUCGGUAUGCUUAACGAUUGGCCGGACGUGCUCGGCUACUGUGAGCUCGACCCGGCCGUGUGGACACAUACCGCCCAGGAGAUGGGCGACUCCACGCUCCAGAACUUGAGCAUCAUCGCUACCCUUCAAGGCGCAGAUCUCGCGGAGGUUGCCCAGGAUUGCAAAUUGAAGGGGAUUGCGAAGACGAAGCUCAGCAUAGCAGUCGAUUUUGCACGCCUCAAGGUCGGAGUGGCGACAGCUGAUAUUUUCAGCCAGGUGGGUGUUCACGCUCUGGCUCGCGUUGCUUCGCCGGCAGACGCCAGGGGCGCGCCGGCGGUGGCAGCACCUCCGCCGGUUGUGAACGUGCUGAAGGUCAAGGACUACUACGACCAAGCCUCCCGCCUCACCGUGCUCCCCCUGGAGGAAAUACGCAUUGCCGAGAUGCGGAAGCGGCUUCAAGCCACGACGGUGCUCAGCGUGCUGGUUCGGGUCCGGUAUACCGACGACCAGGUGUCCGUCCUCGGCCGUCUCGCCGACGCGUGCUACCCGAUGUUCGCGUUCGACAUGGGCGUGUGGGGCCCGCAGUAUGGCCGGCGGCAGCGGGCCGCUGCCUUGUCCGCGCACGUCCAGAAUUCGGCCGGCGAGUGGAUCACCAAGGAGAUCAAGGGGCCACCGAACCUGGAUGCUUGGAUAAAGGCGUGGGAUUUCGCCCCUGCCGGCUUCCUCAUGGGCGACGUCAUGGACCGUGCCGUUGCGGAGGGCUAUCGCGGCUUCUUUGCCAGGAUGGUCAGGAACUACCCUGGCGCGGAAGCGUGGGCAGUCUGUGCAGACGCGGAGUGGACUUUCCGUUUCGAGUUCGCUGCUGACGAGCUGGAGCGGCAGCGCCAGUUCCACGGCACCAGCCCGGGCAUCUCGCUGUAUGAGCCCGCUCGCCCGUGGAAUUCGGUCCUCGUCGCCAGGGUUCGCGGGAUUGACGCCGUGAGGUUCUGGGAGGAGCGCCUCAAAUAUCUGGCGCGCAGGCUUCUGUACUCGCGGGCGAGCGCGGGAGGCGGCGCCGGCGGGCCGGGCCCGCCCCUGAACAGCGGCGCGGGGGGUGGCAGACGGGCCAAGAAGGGCGCGGCAGAGGCAGCGCGGGCGGCCACCGACGGCGGGCAGCCUACCCGGCCGAGGCUGCCUCAGCCGCUUGUCCGGGGCCGCGGCAGGGGCGGCGAGGCGCCCGACCCGAACGCCAAGCGGGCCGACGACGCGGGGUCGGGCGGCGCCAGGGCCCCUGGCGGGGGCAGUGGCGCCGGCGAUGGCGUCAGCGAGCUAGUUCGCUCGGCUGGCACGUCCUGGCGGGAGCCCGCGAGCCAGGGGCCCGCGCCCAAACGCGCGCGCGUGUCUUGCGCGACAGAGCCGGGCGACUCGCUGCGCGUCGAGGCAACGGCGCCUUCGCGGAGCUCCGACGAGGCGCCGCGAGUUGGAGUCGCGAGCUGGCCGCGCUGCCACGCCCGAACAUGUGUGGUUUUGUUCGGGCGCGAUUCGGCCCUCACGGCAGCUGUCAAGCAGGGCCAGGCGCUGGUCUUCACGGAGACUCGGCUGCGGUCGUCGGAUCUGUGGGCGCUGGGUUGCUUGCAGCGGCUGGCACAGUGCCGCGACGUGCAGUGGGUCGGCCAAGUGGCGGGCGCGGAUGAGGCGGGCCUCGGCAGCGUCGCCUGGCUCACGACUGCGCCGUGGGUCACCCCGAGCACCGUCAAGGCCGGGCCGGCGGGGCUCGCCGGCGCCUUCGUCCACUUUGAUUUACCGCCCUGCACAUACAGGCCGGUCAUCAUUGCCGAUGAACCGCGAGCUCACGCCAUCGACCCGGCCUCGCAGAGGUUACUCAGGGAACAGAAGAACCAAAUGGCCGUGGGAGGAAUGCGUAACCCCCAUCGAUCGAUCCACCGCGUGCCAGGAUGGACUUCCGUUGGGAACCGGCUGCGCAGGGUGCUCCUCGACGUGUGCGUCCGUCACGAGGCGUCCGUCAGGUCGACGAUGCAGGGCGCGGGUGCGCCAGGCUGUGCGGGCUUCCCAGCGGACGUUGUCGAGGCGCCGAGGGCGUCCAUGGCGGCGGAGUUCGGCGUGGCGCUCUCGUGCGAGCCGCGCGCGGACCGUGCGGCCAUGUUCCGUGCGCUCAUUGCAGAGAGCGGCGACCCGGAUGACGUGUUGCCUGCGUGGGUGGGUGGCGCUACGCCGCUGGGAAUUGAGCGGCCGAUACCGCGCCGGGGCAUCUUCCCGAGGGUCGAGCGCUGCGUGCCCGAACCUCACAGUGCUGGCGCGGAUCUUGAGCUCACUGACACUUUCCUGAACUAUCCUUCGGUGGAAGCCGACCCGCACGUCGCCGCGGAAGAGAUCGCCAACGUGAAGAGCGGCCGCAUGAAGGUCCGUCUCAUCCACGACCUCUGGAGGAGCCGCGUCAACGCCGUGGCUGCGGUUCCCGAGAUAUUCGUUCUUCCCCGUCUUCUUGACGCCGUGCACACCAUGCUGGCAUCGGCGCGGGGUUCGCCGGGCAGGGCGCCGGCGGCGCAGGGCGACGCGGAGGUGGCGGCUGUGGAAUUCGAAGACGCCGUCAAGCAGCUCGGCGUGGGCGCCGCAGAACAGCGGUAUCUCGCCGGCACGGCGACGCUGAAUGGUCAGAAGGGGCGCGUCUGUUAUUUUUUUGGCGCGAUCGCCGGGCCGCUGGUGUGGGGCCGGGUUGCCGCCUUCCUGAUGCGUGCUGCUGCUGCCAUCCUUCGCCCCCUGUCCGCCGGCGUGCAGUGCUGCGUCGACGACCCGAUCUUCGCGCUCGUUGGGCGCGCCGAUGUUCGCGAGGCCCACUUGGCGCUCGUGCCCCUGUUUUGGGCGGCAUUGCACUUCGAGCUUCCGUGGGCUGGCGGGGUUGUCGGAGUCACGGUCGCGAUUUCUCCGGGCAGGGUCGCCAAAGUGGGCCUGGCGCUUGACGAGCUCGCGGCGGACGCACUCUGCGACCGGAAAGCCGUCGAGGAGUUCGCUGGGUUGUGCUCCUGGGUGGGCAGCAUCGCGCCGGCGGUGCGGCCCUUCGCUCGCAUGGUGUGGGCGGCAGCUUGCGCUCUGCCUGGCGGUCUCAAGACUUCGGGCCGGGUCGCCAAGGAGCGGAUCAAGUUGGUCAUCUCCUGGAUGCGCGCACCCCUGGAAGACUCCGCCCUGGCGACCCCUAGGAGUUUUUUUGUGGGCGACGCGGGCGAGGGCCCCACUAUUGUCUUCGACGCUUCUUUAAUUGGAGGCGGGGCGUUCCUGGAGCCGAGUGGCGCCUCCGCUGCGACCAUUCGAUGUUUCGUCGCCGAGUGGGCCCCCGAGGACGCGACGGCGCUCCAGGCGAGGUGGUUGGAUCCAGCCGCCCAGCCGCUGUGGGAAGCGUUCGCGUUGCUCGUUGCGGUCCACGCGUGGCACCGCCGGCUGGGAGGUCAUCGCGGCCGUCUCCAGCUACGGGGCGAUGCGAUGGGCGUCCUGAG